CUGCCUAUGUAUGCCAGGCUGUUUAGUAAACAGAUACGGAGCACUAGCAGAGAGCAGAGAAUUUUUGCCAGAAUUUUCGGGACUCGACGUGUUGCAUCAUAUUGCACACAUUGGCAUGAUUGGCUUUAUGUUUAUUUAUGCCUACUUUAGUUAUUGGAAAGUCGUUGAUUGCUACUGCUAAGACACGGUCCCUGCUUGUGACAAAAGUUUCCCUUGGAGAGUGCAUCUCUGCGCCUGUUUCUCCUUGUAAUCCAGUCUAAGCUGUCAGAUACCAACUGAGAAGUUGUCCACGAUGUUUGGCUCAAUGUACAGGGAUUUUGAUGAGGACCCAUUUUUCAGUGAUACAAUGCAUGAUGUGCAUAGACGUCAGAUGCAGAAUAUGCAGUCAAUGUUUGGACAGUCUUUUGGUUCCAUGAUGUCCAGCCCAUUCAUGGCGUUAGAAGGAGGUGGUGGGGGCCAUGGCCAUUACCCAGACGGAACGGGACGCACACACCGCAGCUAUGACAGACAGCAGGCAAUGCAGCCCUUUGGCAUGGCAGACCCAUUUAACAUGGGCUUUGGUGGCAUGUUUGGUAACAUGCACAGCAUGAUGGCUAACAUGCAUCGCAACUUUGAGGACAUGUCCAACAAUCCCAAUGUGCAUUCCUACUCCCAUUCCUCCUACACCAGCUACUCAUCAGACGGCAGCGGGGCACCCAAGGUGUAUCAAGCCACAUCCUCCACUAGAAAUGCACCAGGAGGGGUGAAGGAAACCCAGCGCUCAGUGCGGGACAGUGAGGCCGGGCUUGAGAAGUUGGCAGUUGGACAUCACCUUGGUGAUCGUGCCCAUGUUGUGGAGCGAUCUAGGAACAGACGUACAGGCCAGAUGGAAGAGAAGCAAGACUUUAAUAACCUGGAUGAGACUGAAGCAGAUUCCUUUAAUAGUGAGUGGAGACAACACUCACAGCAUUGGAACCGUCGUCACACAGUAUCCAGCAGACACAGACAUAACCCCCUAGCCAUCACCAAUGGAAGUCGAGACCGUUCACCGACCCGUCCCACCGGCCCUAGCACAGGAGGACGUCACAGGAGCAGUCACGAGAGACGAGCUGAAACAGACAGACACUAAACUCACUGCAGUACAUCUCUAGAGUGACAUCACUUCUUGGAUAACAUUGCCUUUUCUUUCCAAUAUUAUUGUCUAUACUUGGUCUUUACAUGUAAGGUUUUUUUUGACGGUUUCUGCAGUUAACUUAAUUUAAGAU